AAUAUGACAUUUGUUUGCUAGAUCUGAUUUGGAUCUGAGUGGCUUUACAUUAUUCCGCUGAAAUAUUUGUCAGAUCAAAUCAGUGAGAAUGUCCUGCAGCCCUCUGAAUAUCGGGGAUCAGUUUCCCAACUUCCAGGCCGAGACAAGUGUGGGAAGAAUAGACUUUUACGAUUGGAUGAAACGAGAAUGGGCCAUUCUCUUCUCGCACCCAGCCGACUUUACGCCGGUGUGCACUACAGAGCUGGCCCGAGUGGCUGCACUGAUUCCAGAGUUCCUGAAACGUGGUGUGAAGCCUAUUGCGCUGUCCUGUGACACUGUGGAGUCGCACAAGGGCUGGAUUGAAGACAUCAAGAGUUUUGGCAAAUUGCCCUCUUUUGACUAUCCAAUCAUUGCUGAUGACAAGCGCCUGCUGGCCCAUCAGCUGUCAAUGCUGGACAAGGAUGAGCUGAAUGCGGAUGGGCUUCCUCUGACCUGUCGAGCCGUGUUCAUCGUUGACGAAAAGAAGAAAUUGCGUCUUUCCAUUUUGUAUCCCGCCACCACCGGACGCAAUUUCGAUGAAAUCCUACGCGUCAUCGAUUCGCUGCAGUUGACCCAGACCAAGAGCGUGGCAACUCCAGCCGACUGGCAGCAGGGAGGUAAAUGCAUGGUGCUGCCCACUGUUAAGGGAGAAGAUGUUCCGAAACUCUUCCCCAAGGGCAUUGAGACCAUUGAGGUGCCAUCCGGCAAGAGUUAUCUUCGCACCACUCCACAGCCCUAAGAGCGAACAUUCCAUGCCAAAAGCACACACUGUUUUAAAACAUGACUUUAUUACAAAAAUUAUAAUUAAUAACAAUAAAAAUAAUGCACAAUAAUUUG